UGGGACGAUCUCCAGGUUAAUCUCCCAGUUCAUACAAAGCCUCCAAAUUCCCCCGUCCUUUCUCUCACUCUCCGUUUCUUCUUUCAAGUCUGAAUUUCCUUACUGCUUGAAGCAUACCAACUUGACUUCGGUCAGCCACUCUUUUACAACCCAAACCAACUGUCCACACUCUCUUUUAGCCACCAGCUAAAUCAAAAUAUUAAACAACCUUGACGGUUCAAAUUUUUCGUGAAAACUACAGUCAAAAUGCGUUUCUCCGCCUCCACCAUUGCCCUCUUCGCCGGCCUUGCUGCCGCUCUUCCCAACGGUGAAGUUCACACCGUCUACCAGACCGAGGAUGUGACCAUCACGUCUUGCGCUGCCUCCGUCACUGACUGCCCCGGCCGUUCCACCUCCACUCCUGAGGGUGUUGAGCCUGUCACCUCUGCUCCCCCCGUUGCUGCGACUUCCACCGCUGAGGUUCCUCCUGCUGAGGGGACCACCUCCACCCCCGUCGUCCCCGUCGUUCCUACCAGCAGCGCCCCCGCCGGGACUCAAGUUCCCAGCGGCAGCAACGGCAUCCCUGCUGUCCCUUCCAGCAGCAGCCCCGUCAUCCCUCAGCCUCCUCAGGUUACUAGCCAGAGCACCACCGUCAUCGCUGUGACCACCUGCAUUCCCACCGUCACCUACUCUACCAUCACCGGCCCUGCCCCCUCGGGUGUCUCUCCCGGCAAGUCUUCUUCCGUCCCUGUGAUCGGUACCCCCGGCCCCAGCGGCAGCGCUACUCCCUCUACCUCCGCUCCCGGCGGUCUCUUCACUGGUGCUGCCAACAGCGUUGGCAACUCCUUCGGCCUUGCUGGUGCCGCCGCUGCCGCCGCUUUCUUCUUGGCUUAGAUUCCCUUCUUGUCAAUAGUGUAGCCCCGAUUCACUCGUGAGUCCGGCUCCGCUAUCGGCGGGGAAGUUGAGAAUGGACGGUUUGUGAAUGAAUAGGAGUGCACGGGGUUUGUCUUCUAGUUGCGUGGUUUGUG